AUGGCGGACAAUACUAUGUCUAUUUCUGUUCCAUGUGAAAAACCUAUAAAAGUAGAAAAGUGGAAAGUAAAACAAGGCGCAUUUGUAUCUCAAGGCCAGAUAUUAUUUUUAUACAAUGAUUCAUCAGGCAAUAGUACUGGAUUAAAGAAAUUUAAGGCUGUUCGCGCUGGUACUAUAAUCGCCAUCAAGGUGAAAGAAGGAGACAUUAUCGAGCCCGGGAAAUCUCUAGCAGAUAUCGAAGAAUGUCGUCAUCCAACUGUUAUGAAAGAUAUGUGUGCAGAAUGUGGUGCAGAUUUACGGGCCGACGAGAGAAUAAAGCAGGAUGUCGCGAGCGUCCCUAUGGUGCAUUCUGUACCUGAACUGAAAGUGUCUGAAGAAUUGGCUUUAAAGUUAGGCAGAGAGGAUGCUGAUAGGCUAUUAAAAGACAGGAAAUUAGUUCUUUUGGUAGAUCUUGAUCAAACAUUAGUUCACACUACAAAUGAUGACAUACCACCUAAUUUAAAGGGUGUCCUUCAUUUCUUUUUACGAGGACCUGGUAGCCAAGGGAGAUGGUGUCAUACAAGACUUAGGCCAAAAACUAAAGAAUUUCUUGAAUCAGCCUCGAAGAACUAUGAGUUGCAUGUUUGUACAUUUGGGGCAAGGCAAUAUGCACAUGCAGUGACUGAAUUAUUAGAUCCAGAGAAGAAAUACUUCUCUCAUAGAAUAUUAUCAAGAGAUGAGUGCUUUGAUGCUAGAACAAAGUCUGCUAAUUUAAAGGCGUUGUUCCCGUGUGGUGACAACAUGGUGUGUAUAAUAGACGACCGGGAAGACGUGUGGCGCCACGCGGCUAAUCUCAUCCAAGUCAGGCCUUACUCUUUCUUCCAGUCCACAGGCGACAUUAACGCGCCUCCACCGCUCAAUGAUGAGAAAUCAAAAAUGAUAAGUGGCAAGAAUGGUUCGCUCCCAACUCAGUUACCAACAUUAGAAGCAGAACCUGAAAAGCAAGAAACACCAAAAGAUAAAGGAGACAUUUCCGUAGACAGUAAAGAAAAUAAGAGUAGCACGAAAGAGAAAAAUGAUAAUAAAAUAGAGGUUGAAAAUUCAACAGAAACAGAACCCAAAUGGGUGGAAACGUGUGACGGACAAAUAGAAAUAGAAGAUGCUGAUGAUUAUUUAAUAUAUUUGGAGGAUAUACUGAAAAGGAUUCAUUUACACUUCUAUGACAUGUAUGAGAAGAUGGGCAACAAUCAUAUACCAGAUCUAAAGUUCAUAAUACCUGAAGUGAAGAGUGAAGUUCUAGCCAAUAGCAGCCUUGUUUUCAGUGGUCUAGUUCCGACUCAUCAGAAAUUGGAAACUUCUAGAGCAUAUUUAGUCGCCAAAAGCUUAGGGGCAGAGGUCACUCAGGAUUUAACAGAUAGAACUACUCAUCUCGUUGCUGUCAGAUCAGGAACGGCAAAGGUGAACGCUAGUCGUAGAAUGGGUGAAGCUAAGACAAAAGUUCACGUCGUUACUCCAGAAUGGCUCUGGGCGUGUGCUGAGAGGUGGGAGAGAGUAGACGAGAGAUUGUACCCUCUACAAAGAGGAGGACAGAGCUUAGCACGCCGCCCACCCGCACACUGCAGCAGUCCUCCCCCUGCCCCUCCUGCGCCUGCUAUGCGCAAGCGCACCCCUUCCGGAAGAUUCAUGGACACAAUUAACCCGCUAAUGUCAUUUUCAAGUGAUGAUAUAGCUGAUAUGGACAGAGAGGUAGAAGAUAUCUUUAAUGAAUCUGAUGAGAGUUCAUCUGAUGAAGAGGCCAAGCCACCAGUAGAUGAUGAUGAUGAUGAAGAAAAUCUCUCUGAAGAUAGAUUACUUGCUUUAGAAAAUACAAAUAUCUCCCAGGAAAGAUUACAAGAAAAAGAAAAUUCAAGUGAUUCAGAUACAGAUCCAGAUCGACCCAAAAAAAGGCCCAGACCAUCAACCCCUCCAUCAGAUGAUGAUAUUCCACCAGAUGAUGAUGAUAGUUCCUGGAAUCUAAUGGGAGCUGCUUUAGAAAGAGAGUUUUUAGCACAGGAAUGA